AUUGGUUGUAUAGCCUGUGUGUGUGGUAGAGCUUGCUAAGAGGAAGGAUAAGACUUAUAGAGCUAUUCAGCUUCUUAGCAUAUCUUUUGGUUAAGUCUUUCCUGCUUCUUUAGCACACAAUUCAUUAAAGAAAAAUGGCUUCAGCUUCUCUUCUGAAGACUUCCCCUGUGCUUGACAAGUCUGAGUUUGUCAAGGGCCAGACUCUGCGCCUUCCUUCUGUUGCUGGUGUCAGGUUCGCCUCCUCGGCUUCCUCUUCUCUGACUGUCCGUGCCUCCUAUGCCGAUGAACUUGUUAAGACCGCGAAAAGCGUUGCAUCACCAGGGCGUGGAAUUUUGGCUAUGGAUGAGUCGAAUGCCACCUGUGGGAAACGUCUUGCCUCAAUCGGGUUAGAGAACACUGAGGCUAACCGCCAAGCCUACCGUACCCUUCUUAUAUCUGCCCCAGGCCUUGGUCAGUACAUCUCUGGUGCUAUCCUCUUUGAGGAGACUCUCUACCAAUCCACUGUUGACGGCAAGAAGAUGGUUGAUGUCCUCGUUGAGCAGGGCAUUAUUCCUGGUAUCAAAGUCGAUAAGGGUUUGGUUCCACUUGCUGGCUCAAACGACGAGUCAUGGUGCCAAGGUCUUGAUGGUCUUGCUUCACGCUCUGCUGCUUACUACCAGCAGGGUGCUCGCUUUGCCAAAUGGCGUACUGUUGUGAGCAUUCCCAAUGGUCCAUCUGCUCUGGCAGUGAAGGAAGCAGCUUGGGGUCUUGCUCGCUAUGCUGCUAUCACCCAAGACAACGGAUUGGUCCCAAUUGUUGAGCCAGAGAUUCUUCUUGAUGGUGAGCAUGGAAUCGACAGGACAUUCGAGGUGGCUCAGCAGGUUUGGGCAGAGGUGUUCUACUACUUGGCAGAGAACAAUGUGCUGUUUGAGGGUAUCCUUCUUAAGCCUAGCAUGGUUACCCCAGGUGCUGAGUGCAAGGAAAGGGCCACCCCUGAACAAGUUGCUGACUACACCCUUAAGCUCCUCCACAGGAGAAUCCCCCCUGCUGUCCCUGGAAUCAUGUUCUUGUCUGGUGGGCAAUCUGAGGUAGAGGCAACCCUGAACUUGAAUGCCAUGAACCAGAGCCCAAACCCAUGGCACGUAUCAUUCUCCUACGCAAGAGCCCUCCAAAACACCUGCUUGAAGACCUGGGGAGGAAGGCCCGAGAAUGUGAAGGCAGCACAAGAUGCCCUGUUGCUUCGUGCCAAGUCCAACUCCGCGGCCCAGCUGGGUAAGUACACUGGUGAGGGUGAGUCCGAGGAGGCCAAGAAGGAUAUGUUCGUCAAGGGCUACACUUACUAAGAAGAUCUUAAGAAGUGGGAGAUCCAAGUAGAUUAAGUUUGUCAAUUAUUUGGGGGCUGAUCAAGGACUGAUAUUUCAGAUUUGUGUUUUGAAGUUUGAAGGUCCUAGUGAUGUGAUCAAUGGAAAUUAAACAAACUUAUUUUUGGUAAUUACUUGAAAUGUACGUAUGUACCUUAUACUCAAGCUUAAUAAGAUGUCUAGCUACUAAUGAGAUUUACUUUA